GUUCGGUUGGAUUCGCUGCGCGACUGCGCAAACCGUUAAGUGAAAGAUUCGUCUGCUUUGACAGUUGUUUUUGUAGUUGCGAGUGCGAGUGCGGGUGCAUGUUAACGGUAAAUCGAGGCUGGCGAAUCAGAAAAGCGAGCGCUCGCGCGGCCGUGACAAGAAUUUUGCUGUGGCAUUUGCCGCAAAUGUUCGAAGAGUUAAUGAAGUGUAAAAAUGUUUGUUGUCGUUGAUGUUGUUGUUGUUGUUGGUGUCGCCAAAUUGCAGUUGUUGUCGUUGUCGUUGUUGUUGUUGUUGACGCUGCGGCAGCAGGCGUUGUGAACACUUUGAUUUGCGGUUGGCACCGCCUGACCCUGGCCUUGGCCCUGGCCCUGGCUAAUCAACUGGCUGUCAAGUGAAAACUGUGAAGAAAACUUUAAGUCGACUGUGCCUGUGAAAAUUGCACUCCUCCUCCCUCCUUUCGUCUAAAGCGCAUUAGCGUUGCCAGCAGAACUCGAAUCCAAGCAAUCAGCAGAGACUACGCAUAGAUAAAAUAUCUAAGACUGAGUUCCAGUUUGGCAGAUCGCCCACGCAACGCACAUGGAGCCGAAGUUGUUAUAAGACGCAGUUCACAGCUCACUCUCUUUGUCUGUCUCUCACUCUCGCUCGCUCAUCGCAUCCACAUUGCAUCGAACAUUCCGCAUUUGUAUAAAGCAGCACUCCACAUUAACCCAUUGAGCUACUGCCCUUGAGCCCAGUAAUCAGACUCGGCCUUGUCGACAGGAAACAGCUGCUUCUGAAGAAUCACCAGGACGCCAUUUUGCAGAGCCAGUGCCUGUCCAUGGCGGAUAGUCGGGAGCGCAUACGCGGACCCUCGCGCGAUGGUCGCGAAUUUCUGACCAGUCCGCGUCAGGUGCUGCGCCGUCUGAUGCUGCUCUCCGAGGGCCGACAGUAUCGGGAGGCGGCGGGCGUGGUGGGUCGGCUGGGUCCCUCGGUGCUGCACUCGGUGAUUGCGGAGCUGCCCAUCGAUCUGCUGCUGGAGCAUCUGCCGCACAGCGCCUAUCUGCUGGAGUCCUUCUACACGAGGCUGACCACGCUGAACAGCACCCCCCGGCCGGAUGUGCCCAGCGAGACAGUUGUCUGGCAGCUGGUGCGCCUCUUUGCCAAUCCACACGAGUCUGGCCUGCGACAGCGCUGCGCCAAGUUGCUUCAGUCGUUGGCGCAGUUCGAGCCUGGUUUGCGGCAGGCGUUGCGCGAACGUCGACGCAGCUUUGACAAUGCUGUCCAGGGUUUGGGCGUGCAUGGACUGACCACAGAUGCCUCGGGGCAGCUGAUAUCGCUGCAUGUGGCACUCAAGACUGAGCUGCAACGACAUGUGGAUACAUACAAGAUGGCCAUACACAAGCUGGAGGAACUGAGCAUGGUCACGAUCAAUCAGGAUCCGGCGCACUCCUCGCACCAACGGCUGCUGGCCAUCAACUAUGGCGACAUACAGCAACGUUUGAUAGACAACAAGACCCUGCUGACCAUGCUGGACAAGCCGGCGCUAAAGCAGCUUCACACACUCGUCGAGAAUCUCAGCACGCGCGUCGAGAACGACAAGGAAGUGUUGUCCUGUGUGGGCCAGGUGAAGCGUCUGGAUGCCCAGGCGCACAUCGAGAAGCGCCCAGCCGCAGGCCUAUUGAUGAACUUCUCGCGCGGCUGCGAGGUGGUGCUCCACAUGAUGGGGCCCGAGAGUGUGCCGCCUAGUCCACUGGCGGCCACUAAAGUGACAGCCGCUGGCAGCGGUGGCGGCAGCAGCUGCAGCGAUGGCUACCACUCGGAUGACUCGGCCAGCGAGGAUGGCAGCGAAUUCGUGUCACACUAUCGCAAUCUCUACAUCGAGAACCGAGCGGACGCCCUGGAGGCGUUGGACAGCUUGCCCCAGCUCAAGCAUGUGCACAGUCUGAAGGCCAAGAUACUCUUCUCCAUGAUUGUGCUUUCUUUUCGCCUGUGCCACGGUAUGCGCGAGCGCAAGGUGCUGGAGGUGCGCCGUGUGCUCAACUGCCCGCUGGAGAGCAGCAGCGAGACGACUUUGGCCCUGGAUCGGUCUGUGCGCCAUCAUCUGCAUGAGACAGCCGAGAGUUUUCCGCUGGGCGAGAUCGAACGGUCCGUCUUCAAUCAGGUGCUGUCCACUCUGCACGAGUAUCCCUGCCUGGAGUCCUGUCCGCCGCUGACGCACUUUGUCAGCGCCUGCGUGCGACUGGCCUGGCGUAUGAUCAACCAAAAGGCGCCCUACUAUCUGGACACUGAUUUUAAUUUGGGUUUUCUGCGUCCCGAGAAACACGAGCGCCAUCCACAGUCGGAUCGCCGCUCGGACCUAAUCAAAGCCUUCCUCUGGCCCGCCCUAAUGCAGAACAACCAGUGCGCCUUCAAGGCCGUUGUGGCCACCUAAUAAUCCCGGCUAUCUAAUUAACUAACUUUAUAAUUAACUUACGCAAUUUGUACAUAAUUUAUCUUACUCAUAAACCCAAUAAACGAUAACCUAAACGCUAA